AUGCUCGAGAAGGCGGAGCGGGAGGCCAAGGAGGCGGCCACCGCGGUGUCCGUCGCGCGGAGCCGGUCCACCUCCCACGCCGCGCGGUACUCGCUUCCCGUUGGUAACAACGGUGGCGGCUACACGCGCCUGCUCGACGAUCCCGAGGCUGGCGAGCAGCUCUCUGUGGCGGACCCGGCGGUCUCGUGCACGGGUGUGCCUCCGGCGGAGGCACGCGACGGCGACUCGGUGGCGCUCACGGCCGAUCAGGUCUCCGACCCGCUCGGCCUCCUGGGCCGCGGCGAAGAGACAGAGUUCUCCAUUGCGCCGGCGUCGCGGCAGCCGUACCUGAGCGGCAAGAGUGACAUCCACUGGAUACCGAUGAUCGACAUCGUGGGAGGCACGAAGCGCGUGAACCUGCGCUUCCUGCUCGUCUCUCAGCGGCUGCAUGCGCGCGUGGUGUGCCGGCUGCCGCUUGUGCUCGUCCUCUGGUUCCUGCUCAUCCUGCUCGAGACGGCAGCCUUCUUUGUCUGGGCGCCACCGCCGCCGCCGCCGCCGCCGCCGCCGGGAGAGGAGCCUCGGCUCAGCCUGGUCGCGUGGGGCAACGCCCCCGUCGUCCUCGCCGCCGCCCUCACCUUUGGCGCGUCGAGUGGCUUCAUGUUUGCGGCCGGCCUCGCCGACCCCGGAGGCGUUCCUGUCUCGGCGGCGCAGCGGGCGCAGCGGGCGCAGGUGGAGCGGGUGAGCACCGCGAUUGAGGAGCGGCUCGACGAGCUCGCCGUCAAGGCGGCGGUCCUCUCGCAGCAGGGUCGCCACUCGGAGGCGGUCCUCUUCCUGCGCGAGGGCAAGGCCUCUACCUCGAGAUCAUAUCUCGCGAUAUCUCCCCACAUCUUGCCCUGUCCCCCCAUAGGCAAGGCCCUCUACCUCGAGCAGCAGCGCCGCUUCCCCGACGGCUUCUGCACCGCUUGCGUCCAUCUGCGCCCGCCGCGCACGCACCACUGCCGGAUCACCGACCGGUGCGUGGCGCGGUACGACCACUACUGCUGCUACAUCGGCAACUCGGUCGGGCACAACAACUACCGGUGGUUCUUUGGCUUUGUGUGGGCGACGGCCCUCCACGCCGCCCUCGUCCUCACCGCCUCCGCGUCGCGCCUCCUCCUCCUCGCCGCCUCCCUCCUCGCCCACCACGACCCGCACCACGGCCCGGCGCUGCUCAUCUCGCGCAACCUGACCACCUACGAGCACAUCAAGCAGGUCUACAAGGGCGAGGACGGCGUCGCGCUCAUGCCGGAUGCGACGCUCCGGCGCGUCUACUCGACGCCUCUCGACGACAGGCAGUCACCGCACCCUCUCCCCGCUGCAUGCUCCCCCUCAAACGCACGCCCUCCAACGCUGCCGCAAGCCGCAGUCGGCGCGCCUCCGCGGGGCAUGCUGUAA